UUCAGGGUGGUCAAAAAAUUGAUGGUUGUUGUCACACAUCAACAAAAAAAACAUUUUUCACAAUGGAAAUCACACAUCAUAAACCGCUUAAUCAGUGCAAUUUCAUACAGAAUUUGUGCAAAAGAGUUACAGACAUCCAUAAUGAAGUUAUUGGACAUGAGAAUUUGGUGCCAAAAUGUGAAAUUUGUUCAGAAAACACAAAUGAAUAUUCCUUUAUCAAGAAUCAACUCUUUCUCAUCGUAAAGAUUAAUUUUCGCCUUAAAGAUGAACGCAUCCUGAUCGAGGAACAACCAAUCUACACAUUAGAAUCAAAAGAUGUUCUAAACUCUGGUUCACUUGAUUUUGUUAAAGAGGAAGAUGCUGAGAACUCAAACGAAGAUUCAACUCACUUUUCAAGCAAUUUUGUUGGUGUGGAUGAUUAUGUUGAUAACACUGAAUGCAGCAGUAAACAUAAAGGUAUUAAUAAACUUCCAACAAGACCCGAUCCCUGGAAUAUAAAACCAUCCGAGAAAAAAAGAAUUGAAAAUGAAGCCGCGAAACUAUAUGAAUGUGCAUUAUGCAAAGUAAAAGUCUCAAGGAAGUGCCAUGUUGCUCUGCAUAUGAAAACACAUCUUAGAAAGCAUGGAAAAAAUAGCAAAAAACGUGUGAAAAAUUCUUCAAAUAGUUCUACAUUCCUAGAAGGCAAACAAAAAUGUCCUUUUUGUCAUAGAGUCUACAAAAAACGCCAUGAAUGCCGUUUGGUUGAACCGAAAGUAUCUAAUAUUUUUUCCUGCGCCUACUGUCCGGAAGCAUUUUCAACUUACCCAAAGAUGUAUCUUCAUCACAAGACUAAUCAUCCAGAGCAACCAAAACCUCUUUCACCCUUCCAAUGCGACGUCUGUGGGACCUUUGCUCUGCGCUUGACUGCACUGAGGCGUCACAUGAAGACCCACACGGGGGAGACCCCAUUCACUUGCAGUGUUUGCCAAAAAGGCUUUCGGACCCGUCCCCAAUUAGUAGAGCACCAACGGAAGCACAUUCCAAAGUCUGAGAGAGAUGAUAAAUAUAAAUGUGAAGUUUGUCAGAAAAAAUUUGCAUUUAGACAAUCUCUGAAAAAGCACAACCUACUUCAACAUACGGAUAAUAGAAAAUUCUACCCAUGUACCAUUUGUGGAGGGAAAUUCAUCAGUGAAACAUCUUUGCAGAAGCAUCGAGCAACUCAUGAUGGAAAAGCUCCCCGUGCUCACAAAUGUGAAGAAUGUGGAAGGAUAUUUGACAAAAUUAAAUAUUUAAAUCAACACCGCAAAAUACAACAUAACAUUUUUACAGAUUUGAUGCUCAAUCCUAAACCCAAAAAACAGAAAGAAUAAAAUUGUAAAAUCUCUAUGGAGAAAAUGUAUCUAUAUAUUUUUCGGUGGGUGUUCCUGGAAGAGAGUUGGAAAUUACAGUGCCGCUGACUGCCGGCUCAGAGGCCGACUCUCAUUUGGAUAAUUGGGAGACAAAAUUACAUUUUCGCUUCGAAGGACUUUUGAUCUUGUUCAACGAGAUUUAGAAUAAAAAUUUAAAGAAAGAUUAAUUAAAAAAUAUUAGAGAA